AUGUGCAGCAACUACUACAGGAACUCCUGUGGAGGCUGCGGCUGCGGCUCUGGCUGUGGAUACAGCUCUGGUUAUGGAUAUGGCUCUGGCUGUGGAUAUGGCUGUGGCUAUGGCUCUAGAUAUGGAUAUGGCUCUGGCUGUGGAUAUGGCUGUGGCUAUGGCUCUAGAUAUGGAUAUGGCUCUGGCUGUGGAUAUGGCUGUGGCUGUGGCUCUGGCUGUGGCUGUGGCUCUGGCUAUGGAUAUGGCUGUGGCUAUGGCUCUAGAUAUGGAUAUGGCUCUGGCUGUGGAUAUGGCUGUGGUUCCCGCUAUAGCUGUGGAUACACCUCUGGCUGCUGUGGCUGCCUGCCAUUUUGUUACAGAAGAUGCUAUUCCUCUUGCUGCUAA